AUGGCAUCUCAAUCAUUCUCCUUCAACUCCUUCGCCGUUGCCCUCGUCGUGGCACUUUUCUUUGCCGUCGCCUCCGCUCAGGAGCUGGCACCGGCGCCGGGACCCGAUGCAGGAGCUGCCGGAUCCGUUUCGAGCUCCGUGGCCGUGAUUGGAGCGUCGGUUUGGAUUACGUUGAGGAGUGAUGAGAUUGCAACGGAGUUGUGUUCAUAUAUGUAA